GGCAGCAGCAGCAGCAGCAGCGCCGAGCAGCCCAGGCAACGGCAGAACCGCUCCGGCGGCGGCGGCAGCACCAGCAGCGGGAGCGAGCGCAGCGCUAGCGCGGCGCGGGGACCGCCGCGCUCCUUCCCGGCUCCUGCCCUCCUCCGCCGCUCACUCUUCUCUCCGCGUCCACCUCUUUCCCCUCCUCCUGCUCAUUCACUCUUUCCCUCACUCUCCCCUCCUCCUCGGCUUCUCCCUGCGCCCCGCCAGCCCUCGCGCUCUCCCACUCCCUCUGCCCGUCCUCCCCGCUCCCCUCCUCCCGCUCAUUCACUCGCCCCUCUCCCUUCUCCACUCUCUCCCCCUCUCUCCUUUCUUCUCCUUCUUUCACCCUCCGUCUCUCACACCCCCUCCAUUCCCCUGUCUCCUUUCUGACACUGCACUGCAGCUGCUCCUCAGCCCUGCCCCCUCCCCAGUGAGAACAAACCAGCAACAUUGCUUUUUUUUCCUAAAGAGAUUUCUAUUGAUCCGAUUAAAAAAAACAAAAACAAAACAACCUUAAGAAACCCCAAAAGCAAAAAAAAAAAAAAAAAAAAAAGAAAAAAAAAGAAAAGAAAAAGCCAAAACAAAAGGGAGAACCUUCUCCCCGUAGAAGCGGCAGGAACUGCAAACAUGAUGGCGGCAGCUCCCAUCCAGCAGAACGGGACCCACACUGGGGUUCCCAUAGACCUGGACCCGCCGGACUCGCGGAAAAGGCCGCUGGAAGCCCCCCCUGAAGCCGGCAGCACCAAGAGGACCAAUACGGGCGAAGACGGCCAGUAUUUUCUAAAGGUUCUCAUACCCAGUUAUGCUGCUGGAUCUAUAAUUGGGAAGGGAGGACAGACAAUUGUUCAGUUGCAAAAAGAAACUGGAGCCACCAUCAAGCUGUCUAAGUCCAAAGAUUUUUACCCAGGUACUACUGAACGAGUGUGCUUGAUCCAGGGAACAGUUGAAGCACUGAAUGCAGUUCAUGGAUUCAUUGCAGAAAAAAUUCGAGAAAUGCCCCAAAAUGUGGCCAAGACAGAACCAGUCAGCAUUCUACAACCCCAGACCACCGUUAACCCAGAUCGCAUCAAACAAACAUUGCCAUCUUCCCCAACUACCACCAAGUCCUCUCCAUCUGAUCCCAUGACCACCUCCAGAGCUAAUCAGGUAAAGAUUAUAGUUCCCAACAGCACAGCAGGUCUGAUAAUAGGGAAGGGAGGUGCUACUGUGAAGGCUAUAAUGGAGCAGUCAGGGGCUUGGGUGCAGCUUUCCCAGAAACCUGAUGGGAUCAACCUGCAAGAGAGGGUUGUCACUGUGAGUGGAGAACCUGAACAAAACCGAAAAGCUGUUGAACUUAUCAUCCAGAAGAUACAAGAGGAUCCACAGAGUGGCAGCUGUCUCAAUAUCAGUUAUGCCAAUGUUACAGGUCCAGUGGCAAAUUCCAAUCCAACCGGAUCUCCUUAUGCAAACACUGCUGAAGUUCUGCCAACCGCUGCAGCAGCCGCAGGGCUAUUAGGACAUGCUAACCUUGCUGGCGUUGCAGCCUUUCCAGCAGUUUUAUCUGGCUUCACGGGCAAUGACCUGGUGGCCAUCACCUCCGCACUUAAUACAUUAGCCAGCUACGGAUACAAUCUCAACACAUUAGGUUUAGGUCUCAGUCAAGCAGCAGCAACAGGGGCUUUGGCUGCAGCAGCUGCCAGCGCCAACCCAGCGGCAGCAGCAGCCAAUUUGUUGGCCACCUAUGCCAGUGAGGCGUCAGCCAGUGGCAGCACAGCUGGUGGUACGGCGGGGACGUUCGCAUUAGGUAGCCUGGCUGCUGCUACUGCUGCGACCAACGGAUACUUUGGAGCUGCUUCUCCCCUAGCUGCCAGUGCCAUUCUAGGGACAGAAAAGUCCACGGAUGGGUCAAAGGAUGUAGUUGAAAUAGCAGUGCCAGAAAACUUAGUUGGUGCAAUACUUGGCAAAGGAGGGAAAACAUUAGUGGAAUACCAGGAGUUGACUGGUGCAAGGAUACAGAUCUCCAAAAAAGGAGAAUUCGUACCUGGCACAAGGAAUCGGAAGGUAACCAUUACUGGAACACCAGCUGCAACACAGGCUGCUCAAUAUUUAAUUACACAAAGGAUCACAUACGAGCAAGGAGUUCGGGCUGCCAAUCCUCAGAAAGUGGGUUGAGUGCCCCCGAUCACACAUCAGAUUGUUUUAAGCCCUCCUUUACCCCAUUUUCAAGAAGGAUGUACUGUACUUUGCAGAAGUGAAGUUUUUCUGUUAUUAAUAUAUAAUUAUGCAAAUGAAUGCGACUCUGUUGACAAUGUGUAUAUGUAAAUAGUAUGUGUUUUACCAGAUGUUUCAUAGAAAGAAUUUUUUCUUGAUCUGUUUUGUUCUCUAUACUUUGCUUGUGUAUAUUUGUCAGAGGUGUUUCUAGUGUAAGAUUUAAGCCUGCCAUUUUACCAGCAUUAUUGUAGUUUAAUGAUUGAAUGUAGACAGGGAUAUGCGUAUAGUU